GAAAACAGAAGCCUCCUGCUCCUUGUCCAGUUGGUCACUACUGUCCACCAGGCACAAAGCAUGCAGUGCAGCACAAGUGUGCCCCGGGCACCUGGAGCAAUAGGACGAGGCUGAAAUCAGAAGAGGAGUGUUUGCUGUGCCCUGCAGGCUGGUUUUGUGUGGGAGGAUCUCAUGUCCCUUCUGGCAUGUGCAGCUCAGGGCACUAUUGUCCUCAAGGUACAUGGAGAGGCACACAGCACCCCUGCCCUGCAGGAACGUAUGGCACCAGGCUGGGAAACAGCAGAGUGGAAGAUUGUACUGCCUGCCCUGCUGGGGCAUUCUGCCCCACUGGGACCUCCAAGCCAGUUCUUUGCCCAAUAGGAACUUAUCGUAUGGAACAUGGUGCAGGAGUGGCUGCAGACUGUGUCCCUUGCCCUGGAGGAUACUACUGCCCCGACCUUGGCACUGUUACACCUCGAACAUGUGGUGCUGGCAACUUCUCAGACCAAGGUUCUGCCUCUUGCUUGCCGUGCUCUGUUGGACAUUACUGUGCUAGUGAGCACACCAGCCGGGAGGUGAUGCUGCUGGCCAUGAUUUGCCCAGCUGGUCUCCGAUGCCCAGAAGGACAGGCUGUUGCUCCAGAGGCCAAUGCAAACUCCUGCCCGAGGGGCUUCUACUGUCCCCAGGGAGAUACUGGCUCAGAUGCAAAGCCUUGCCCCAAUGGGACCUAUGGUAAACAGAAGGGACUCAGCAGUGCUGAGGAAUGCUCACUGUGCCCUGCAGGGAAGUACUGCUACAGAGCUGGGGCUGAGCCUUCAGGAAUUCCCCAUCCUACUGGAGAUUGUCCACUUGGCUUCAACUGCCCUCCAGGAACUGGAUUCCCUUUCUCCUUCCCCUGCACCCCUGGAUUCUUCUGGGAUAAUUCCAGUGCAGAGGAUGAAGACAGGUGCAAACCGUGUCCAGCUGGGUACUAUUGCGACUCUCCUGCCAUGACAGAGCCCAAAGCUUGCCCAGUAGGCUUUUAUUGUGGUGAAGGCAGCUCUAAACCUGAGCCCUGCCCCGAGGGAACUUACAGUAACAAAAAGGGACUGUCUGGACCAUCAGAAUGCAGCCCAUGUGGCCAUGGUUUCUACUGUGCUGCUCCAGGGCAGACUGGGCCAAGUGGUCCCUGCAAGGCUGGGUUCUACUGCCAGGGCAGAGCCCUUACUGCAUUGCCUACAGAUGGUGUGACAGGAGAUGUGUGCCCUGCAGGGACAUACUGCCCACCUGGGUCCCCUUUACCCAUCCCCUGUCCUCCAGGAACCUACAGCAAUGUGAGUGGGCUGAGAAGCCUUGGUCAGUGCUUGGACUGCCCACCUGGCCUUUAUUGUGAUGGGACAAAUACCCGAGCUCCCUCAGGACCGUGUGAGCCUGGAUACUACUGUACAGGAGGUGCCAAAAGUGCUCUUCAGCAUGUGGUCAUGGAAGGACAUUAUUCCUCAGCAGGAGCUUUCAAGCCAGAGCUGUGUCCUCUUGGCAGCUUCCAGCCUGACCGUGGUCAGUCUCAUUGCAGGGACUGUCCAGAGGGAGCAUUCUGCAAUGAGAUAGGACUGGCUGAAGCCCAGCCUUGUCCAAAGGGACAUUUUUGCUUGGGUGGAAGUUCCCUGCCUCUCCCUUGUCCAGUGGGAAUGUAUACAGAUAUGCUUGGGGCAGGUUCAUGUAAGCCCUGCCCAGCAGGCAGGUACUGCAGCAUGGCAGGUCUGACUGAGCCAGAAGGACCUUGCCAGCCUGGAUAUUACUGCAGCCAAGGAUCCAGCAGCUCCUCACCUGUGGGCCUUUUGUUUGGAGAUCUUUGUCAACCAGGAUAUUACUGCCCUGCUGGCACGACGCACCCAAAAGAGAUGGCAUGUCCUGCUGGCACCUGGAAUGGCCAGAGGGGAGCCCAGGAUGCCACUUGGUGUCUUCCUUGUCCUCCUGGGUUCUUCUGCAGUAUGUCUGGCCAAGAUGCUCCUGUAGGACUUUGUGCACAAGGUUACUACUGCACAGGAGGGGCAAAGACUGCAAAGCCAGAGGAUGGUGUCACUGGAGAUGUCUGCCCUCGAGGACAUUUCUGCCCUGCAGGUUCAGCAGCACCUUCUCCCUGCCCCAGUGGUGAAUACAGCAAUGCAACAGGUCAAGACAAAUGUUUUCCAUGUCCUGCUGGGUUCCACUGUCCUAAAGGACUGCGGCGCCGCUGCCCUCCUGGCUUCUAUUGCCCUCAGAGAACAGGAAUCAGUUUUUAUCCUUGUCCCCCUGGGACUUUCAACCCCUCUUACGGACUCAGCCAGGCUGAGAGGUGCCAGAAGUGCCCAGCAGGAAUGUUCUGUGGAGACUGGGGACUCUCCUCUCCAAGUGGUCCCUGCUGGCCAGGGUUCUUCUGCACAGCAGGAGCAAGUGUCCCAAACCCUGAUGGAGCCACGAACACCAGCUCUGGUGGCCCAUGCCCACCUGGACACUUCUGCCCAGCUGGCUCAAGUAUCCCCCAGCAGUGCCCUGUGGGCACUUAUUCAGACAGGCCGUACAUGUGGCAGGAAUCCAGCUGCAUGGCAUGCCCAUCUGGCCAUUACUGCAGCUCUGCUGCCCUCACUGCACCCUCAGGGCGCUGCUCAGCUGGGUUCUACUGCUUGGCUGGAGCUUCCUCUCCAUCACCACCUGGUGUGUGGGAGGCAGGAGGCCCCUGUCCUGUGAGCCAUUUCUGCCCAGAAGGAGCCAGCUUUCCAUUAGCCUGCCUUGCAGGGACUUACAACAACCUCACCAGACAAGCUGCGUGCUUCCCUUGUGCUGCAGGGUACUACUGCCCAGAAAAUACUACCAGCUACAGUGUGAAUCCUUGCCCAGCUGGUUUUUACUGUCCUAAAGGAACCAGGUUUGCUACUGAGUUUCCUUGUCCCCGGGGCUACUUUAACCCUGAUCCCAUGACACAGAGCUUGGACAGCUGCUUGCCCUGCCCACCUGGGCACUACUGUGGGAAGGAGAACUUGACAGCUCCAUCAGGCGAGUGUGAUGCAGGUUGGUUUUGCAUCUCUGCUGCUUGGACCUCGCAGCCUUUUGACCUGGAUAACUACACCAGUGCCAACUGCCUCUGCCCAGCUACUGCUACUGGAGGGAAGUGCAUAGCUGGUUUCUAUUGCCCUAGAGGGAGCCCAGAGCCUCUUCCCUGCCAUCCUGGAUUUUACUGCAAUGCUUCAGGUCUGUCUGUGCCUAGUGGGGAAUGUACUGCUGGGUUUUACUGUAAAGGUGGAGCAGUUCUCCCUAAUCCAACAGAUGAUGUGACUGGGAAUAUCUGCCCUGCGGGGACUUACUGCACUGCAGGGUCAGCAGAACCCAAGCUGUGCCCAGCUGGCACCUUUUCCAGCCUGCCAGGGAGGAGAACACUUUCUGAGUGCCAGCCUUGUCCCUCUGGCUUCUACUGUGAGGGUCCUGGUCUCAGUGCCCCCACUGGAGAGUGCUGGGAAGGCUAUUACUGCGACAACCAGCAAAGGCCAGUUACUGAUGUUACCCUUUACCCCUGCCCUCAAGGCUUUUACUGCCCACCAGGGACAAAGAGGAGCACUCAGUACAGCUGUCCAGUGGGAACGUUUGGCCCAAGGCAAAAACUGAAAACCGUCAAAGAAUGUCAAAGCUGCCCACCAGGAAAAUACUGUGAAUUGUCUGGACUUGCUGCCCCCACAGGAGACUGUGCUGAGGGAUUUUGGUGCAGAAUUGGUGCCCGGGUAAGAAAUCCUCAAGAUGGAGAAUCAGGAUUUCCUUGUCCUCCUGGUCAUUACUGUCCAGAAGGUGCACCACAUCCUUUAAAGUGCCCUCCUGGCACCUGGUCUGGCAGUGAAGGCAGGAGGAGUUUGCAGGACUGCCAGCCUUGUCCUGGAGGGCACUAUUGCAACAGCUCUGGACAGAGGGCACCCACAGGACACUGCAGCCCAGGGUAUUAUUGUGUCAGUAGGGCCCAGACCCCAACACCCACUGAUGGACUCUCAGGAGCUCCGUGUCCCUUGGGUCACUUUUGCCCUCUUGGAUCCAGGAGUCCAGAACCGUGUCCUGCUGGCUCCUACAUGCCACAGACCCAUGGAGAGGAGUGCCAUGCUUGCCCAGAGGGUGAAUACUGUGUCCCUGGUGAGCAACCAGAGCCAUGUCCCCAAGGUUCUUCUGUCCCAAAAAUUCCUCUUCCUUUUUGGAGAAUGAAUGUUCAGCUGGCCACUAUUGCCCUACCAGCACUGCUUCUGCCACUCAGUUUCCAUGUCCUCAAGGCACUUAUAACCCACAAAAUGGGAGCAGCCUGGUGUCUCACUGUAUCCCCUGUGAGCGAGACCUAUAAGCUCUGUGCUGCAGCUGUUCUCAGUAAAAACGUCUUCAGGAGAAUAGAUGUGGCUGAUAUCAAACAUGAUGGUUGA